UAACAGCAUGCUGUCAAAGAAAUGGGACAAAAAUGAGUGAGAUGUACAGUACAUUAUGCAGCAGGGAUUGUCACAAGUGCGGUAGAAAUCCCACCAGGGGUACACUGGCCCACUCUAGGGGUACUUAAGAAUCACUCAAAGAAAUGCUCAAUGCAUAUAUUUAUAACUUUAUUUUAAUCCACUACAUGUGUCAAGUAUAAUUCAGUUAUAUUUAACUUUCAAGAAUAUGCUUUCAUGUCAUAUUGUAUAAAUGCUUGUUGGCAAAUAUUUAUUGUUAUACUUUUAGUUAUUAAUAGUUAUUAUUAAUUAAUUAUUACUUAUCAAUGGCUAUUUAUUUAUUGUUAUACUAUAUUAUACUGUAUAUGUCAUAUUUCAAUUGAAUCAUUGUCACGUGUACUUUAUUUUCCUCGAGUCAAAAAUUGUGUUAAUGUUUAAACUACACGGUGAUCCAGUGGCUUACAAUAAUAAGAAAUAUGCAAUGUUUAAUUGUAUUUUAUACAAUAUAUAUGUUCCGAACAUCCGUCCAAAACGAAACCCAUACGAAGCGAAUAGCCGGCUCAAGCGGAACAAUGACGAAUGGAGACGAGACGAGCCGCUGCUCACUUGGAGUCAUGGAGUCACUUAUUACACGCCUGCGCGAACUCAUAGCGUCACCGCCUACCUUCGCUCGCGCCACUCCAAAUGUUGUUGUUUUUGUAGUAAUUUGUUUGCCAUGGGCACAAAGAAAGACAGCGGUGCUAUCAAUAGAGAAUGAAAGGGAAAGUUGUGCGAACCACAGUGGAUUUAAGUACGGAAAUACGUGUCCAUUACGGCUCUUGCUAACUAGCAUCCUAUGGCAAAGGGUUAUUCUGUGGCUAAAUCGUCAUUUUCGACUAUCCUGAAGGAUAAAAAUGGAAUAAAGGGCAGCUAAUGUUGCCAAAGGAGUGACUAGCAUUACAAAGCAAAGGCAAGAGAUAGUAGAAGAAAUUGACACUCUACUGGAGAAUUACGCAGUGAAAUCAUGGAGGGGCGACUUUGACACUACCUCCACGCUCGAGUCCCUCCGAUGACGUCCAAUGCCGACCAAACAGUUAACAAGACAUGUGAUUAGAAUUGCCGUCGGCCGUUGCUUGCUUUGCCCCGGCAGUCAUCUCGGUGUGCCUUCAGAGGAAAUCCCUCCUUUGAGGCUUCUCGGUCCACAAGCAAAGCCAAUCAGCUGACGAGCAGGACCAAAAUCAGCAGAAUGCUGGGCACCGUGAGCGGCAGGGAGUUGGAUCUAUCCAGGCUCACAGACGACGAGGCCCAGCAUGUGUGGCAAGUCGUUCAGCGAGAUUUCGACCUGAGGAAGAAAGAGGAAGACAGGCUUGGAGAGCUCAAGACCAAGAUUGAGCAAGAAGACUGUAAAAGAGAGAUGCUGGGUCAUUGGGUGAAUAUGACCAAGUCUCACUGCAUUCGCUGUCUGAAAGCUUUCAAGUUCCUGGUGAACAGCAGAUGCCAGUGUCUGGACUGCCAGUUGUACAUCUGCAGGUCCUGCAGCCGUUACAACAAAAAGGAGCGCGGCUGGGUGUGUGAUCCUUGUCACAUGGCCAGGGUCCUCAAGAUUGGCACCCUGGAAUGGUACCACGAGAACCUGCGGGCACGCUUUAAGCAUUUCGGCAGCGCCAAGGUGAUGAGAUCACUCUUCAAAAGAGUCAGUGGAAACAGCACAUACUCUUCUGAUGAUGAAGAUGCAAAACUUCAAAAACACAACACGCAGAGCAACCCCGAAAUCCACACCCUUGGAUUUGAAGACAGUUGCAUGGAUGCCGCAGAUUCACAACGCUAUAACCAGUCUUUCUGCUCCAACCAGAUGAAAAAAAACAAAAGGCGUCUUACUGUUGACCCCAUCGAUUUUGGCCUGGACUGUGACUAUGUUACCGAACUGAGGCGACACUCUCAUCAAACUCCAGACUUUGCUGAUGUCAUGAUGAUGAAUGGUGGUGUGAGGGAGUCUGGUAUGGCUUCUGUUUUCCAUCGAUUUUUAAAAGAGCAACACAAGAGUCUGGAUGUUGGGUCCGACCCUAGCUUUACUUCACAACAAGAUGACAUUGCGUACUUGGACAACCGAGCCUUUCCAUCUCGCUGCAUGUCCCGACUCAGCUACUCUUCUUGUGGCAGUGGGAGUGCUUGGGGACCUCCGGGAGGUGGCAGCAGCUUCAUCCUAGGUGCUGAUGAUGUUGAUUCAGAGGAGUAUGAUGAGCUCAGACAGGCCUACCCGGUCUACCAGGGUCAUUUGGAACCAUUUGACCACAUUUCCCAGGAGAGUCUCAACUGCCCCAACCACCCACAAGAGAUCACUGACCUGAACAGACGAAUGUCAGCCAUCGAGAGCCUUUUAAGCCACUUGCAGAUCACUGUGACCUCGGACCCGGAUACCAAGUCCCCUCAACCCCAAGACAGCACCUCUCCUCUUCUCAGCGGGGAGGAUGUGGACAUAGAGGAGCAUCAACUCAGAAAAAAGCUGAUCGCAAUGGCAGGCGACAUAAGCGACCACAGCCUGAGUUCAGAUGAGGAAGACUCCAAACGGUCACUUUUUUCCCAAGAGAUCUUGGCGUCAGAGAUAGCGACAAGUCGAGGAGACAAAAAAUCCACCAAAGUACCUUCUAGACCUACUUCCAGAACAAGUGUGGUGGUUCCCAGACUGGAUGAACUGACAAACUCUCAGAAGACAGACCGUUCAACACAAAGCGUGGAGAGUAAGUGCCACGCCCAAGAGGAUGGCUCAAUGUCAGCUUUCAAAGGUUCGACAGCGGUACUAUUUGAGCUGGAGGACAAAAUCGCUCAAGCCGCAGCUGAUGUUCGGAACACACAGACUCAGGUGUCAUACAUUGAAAACAAGAUUGCCGCUCUCAACCCUAGCGGUGUGCCGUUGGAGAAAAGACAAAAGUCUGGAGUCCCGCUAAGAACGAGAAGAUUUUCCCAAAUCUUUCCCACAAACAUCGCUAAUGAAAGAGGACACAUGAGGAGAAGACUAAGCCUUGUGUGAGAUUUUAUAUAAAGAUAACAAAUGCAACAAUUCACUCUCCUGUCGGUAUUACGCUUUGUUUCUUUAGUAAGGCAAAAAUGUUCUUGGGUCAAUUUUGACACAUUGCUGCAUGAUUAAUCAUCAAAUAAUUUUACAUUUUUGCUCACCUUUUAACGCCUUGUCAUUCCUGGGACAAUUUUUCAAAUAUAUUUUAGUAUGUAAAUCCCAUAAUUUUUUUCUAAAUAUAUUUUGGGGGAAAAAAGAAGAAGAAAAGUAUGGCCGCCAGAAGUUUUUUAUUUUUCCUGCAUUUUGGAAUUAUUAACAUGCAACAUCACAGGAGAGUUGAUCUUAAACGGGGAAUCCAGUGCUUUGCAUGAACAAUGGAUAGAAUAGGUCAUGUAAUAUCUACUCUAUUUUGACAAUCUUCGGAUGGGAAUGACGCGGAGUCUGAUGAGCUAGCUUCGGCAGCAACAGCGAAGGCCAUUAGGUGAGCUUCGCCAUGCGGGGAAGCCGUUAACCGAGCUUUGGCAUCCGGGGAGGCCGUUAGCUGAGCUUCGGCGGCUGGGGAGGCCCGCCACCUGAGCUUGCUCAUCAGACUCCCUGUAAUUCCUGUCCGAAGAACAAUCCGUGGCUGCUGGACUGGAGCUCCGGGGGCCUUUGUUUACACACCUAUGUCGCGCGUAGGCCUCCAAGUAGUCAGACUCCACAUCAUUCCACCCGAAGAACCAUCUGAAUAUUCAACAUUAUUUACAGCCACAGGUUCAAAUCUCUAUGGAAGUAUUCCUCUGUCUUCCCGAUCAACCGAUACUGCUAUUUCUUCAUCAGAUGAGGAUAAAUCCGAGAAAUUAGCACUGGGCAUAAAUGGUGUCCCACGUAAUCAAGUGUUUGGAACGGCACGGUACGAGUCACAUCUGCCCACGUACAUCGUGUGAGUUGCGAAAAUGGCAGCGCCCCUGAAAAUUCGUAAUUGUCGAUAAAAAUCUUCUCAGAUCACUUUUAAAUGAAAGAGGAUUUAACAUCACAUUGUCAAAAUAGAGUACAUAUUACAUGAUCUAUUGGAUACAUUGUUCAUCCAAACCACUGGAUUUCCCCUUUAAGCAAAUUAACCAAUAUAGAACACAAUUAAGUGGGA